AUGGCUAGGCAACAUCACGAGCUAGAUUUGUCUGUGGGCUUGCCGAGUUGGUGGGCCACACACCUUGCCCAGGCUUGCCCUCGUUGGAGCCGUCACGUGGGCCCAGGCCCUCUCCUACUCGGGCUUCCCCUUGCCGCUGAAAGUGCUCUUAUACGAUGA